GUGAAAUCAUAUCACUUUCAGGGAAAAACUCGUUUCAAGAUAAGAACGCAAAGAAAUUAAAAGUUAAGGCGACCAUUCCUCAAACUCCGAGUACAUUAUGAACUCGGCACGGCGGCAACCACAAAUGCGAGUAUUGAUUAAAGAACGGUCUGUGGCUGUUGUGGAUCGGCCUGCCACCCGCAUUGAAUUGCCUUUUUUGAUGAUCGAGCAGCUCGCUCAGCAGCUUUGCCCCCAAUUGAAAGCGUCUCGCAAUCUGUAGCGCUGUAGCGUUUGCAGUUGUGUUGCUGUCAGUUCUUGAUUGCUCGCCACACAGUCCAGUCAUACACAGCUUGUAUCUCAGCUAUCCACAACGAUCCCCCACCGAGUGAGAAAGUGUGUGACAAAGAGAGCGCGCGCAUAUUCACUGAUUAGCGAUCGUCAGUCGGUUGCGAUAAGUUCCUUAAGGUUUUCCAUAUAAAUUCAACGUAUUCGCCGUGCGAUUCACCAGUGCAGUGUAUCACAGCUCGACAACAAGAUGCCGAAAGGAGAACAGCCCACAGCCGAGCAGGUUAACGAGGUGAAAACCCGUUUCCUCAAGAACCUCGAAGAGCAGCCACCAGCAGUGCCAUUCCAUCCCAGUGAUCUGGCCAGAAUCAAGGAUAGCGAUGUGUGGAUCACACAGCUGCUCGAGGCCUACAAAUUGGAUGUGGAGAAGGCGAUCAUUCGUCUGCGCGAGAACUGUGAGUGGCGUCAGAGCUUCGGCACCAACGACAUCACAGCCACGAACAUCAAUCAGGAGUAUCUGAACGAUGGCGAAAUCUAUGUGCACAAUCAGGACAAGGAUGGCAUGCCACUGUUGAUCGUGAACUUCUCCAAGCACUCCAAGAGCAAGAAUCACGAUGAUCUCAUUCGUGUCAUUGUCUACUGGGUCGAGCGUGUGCAGCACCAAUACAACUAUGAAAAGAAAAUUACGCUUUUCAUGGACAUGACGGGCGCUGGAUUGAGUAACCUGGAUCUUGACUUUAUCAAGCGCAUCGUUGGACUGUUCGAGACUAAGUAUCCCAAUGCACCCAACUAUAUUGUGGUGCACGAGCUGCCCUUCCUGCUGAAUGCUGCUUUUAAAAUCGUCAAGGGUUUCAUGCCCGCGGAGGCUUUGGAGAUACUGCGUGUGACCACCAAGAAGGACAUCAACGAGUAUGUGGAUCAGGAGAACUCCCUCAAGAGCUGGGGCGGCAACGAUGAUUACACCUACAAAUUUGCAGCCUAAGCUAAAGUGUAAUUGAGCCAUGUAAAUAAUACGAUACUUAUUUAUCUCAA